UCCAGUGUAAAAGAAAAAAACAACAACCAACAAUACAGGGCAGAAAUUAUGGAUCGUCUGUUGAAGAGAUGCCGAAUCAAGAGUAGAUUGUUCAGAGAAUGCCUUGCGGAAUUUUUCGGAGUCUAUAUUUUGAUACUUUUUGGGUGUGGAUCAGUUGCCCAGGUGACGACCUCUCAAAACACUAAGGGUGAAUACCCGUCAAUCAACCUCGGAUUUGCAUUGGGCACCACAUUUGGGGUUUAUGUGCCAAAAGGCGUAUCAGGAGCUCACCUGAAUCCAGCUGUUUCCCUCACCCUGUGUGUCCUGGGCCGGUUUUCCUGGACUCGUCUUCCUUUCUAUGUGUGGUCGCAGCUCUUUGGUGCAUUUCUGGCUGCAGCAACUGUUGCUCUUCAGUACUAUGAUGCCAUAAUGGAUUUCACUGGAGGGCAUCUGACAGUUAGUGGUGCCACUGCCACAGCUGGUAUCUUCUCAACAUAUCCAGCAGACUACCUGAGUCUAUGGGGAGGAGUGGUAGACCAGAUAAUUGGCACAGCUGCUCUGCUAGUGUGUGUUCUUGCAUUGGGAGACCCUCAUAACACACCAGCUCCUCCUGGUCUGGAACCUGUCCUGGUAGGAGCAGCUGUCCUGGUGAUCGGCAUCUCCAUGGGAUCUAACAGCGGAUAUGCAAUCAACCCAGCUCGAGACUUCGGCCCGAGACUCUUCUCUUACAUUGCAGGCUGGGGAGAUGAAGUGUUCAGGUCAGUCUAA